AUGUGCUUUUCUAUUGGAGGGAACCAGGAGCUGGAAGCCGCCUUGUCAGGGCCACCCCCAGAGUGGCCAGUGCCACAGAAGCGUGAGGGAUCCCUGGGCCUCACCACCCCACCAUCGGUAAACGUGGCCAUCAGUAAACGUGACCGCCUGCAGCGCCAGCUAGGCCUGCACUUCUUUGUGUGCUUAUCCCGUGGCCGGAUCAUCCACGAGAGCGGCUGCAAGGCCCCGGGAAGGCGGGAGGGGGCGACGGGGGCACAGGAGACCCAUCCCAACCCCCGGGUGGGCUGGGCCGACGGGGCGGGCGGGAACCGGGUCCUGGGGCCCGCGUCCCGGCUCUGCUCCCUCCCGAAAACGAUCUCUGGAACAGAGCCUGGGGAGGGCGCCGCGGAAGGAGCCCGGUCAACGCCGACUCGCAGCUUGGCGUGUCUCCCCACGCUCUCAGCCCCCAGGUCCCGGCCGGCUGGCGGGGAGGGGACACGGGACGGCACGGCGGCUCUCAGCAGUUCAAAGCUCAGGGGCGUCCGCCGCGCAGCCAGGAACGUCCGGGCCGCGGAAAGCGAGCGGAGCGCCGCGGCCCGGAGAAACUCGACCCUGAGGGCGUCCCGGGGCGGACGAGCCGAGGCGGCUGCGACUCGGCACCGGAGGAUGGGAGGGGCUGAGGGAGGACGGAAGGACACCAGCCCGAGCAUCCGAGGGGAAGGAGGACGGGCCGCAGCCCAGUCUGUGCCCUGGGUGGGAGGCUCCACACUUUGCUCCCUGCCUGGCACCCGCCAGGCCUCUGGUAGUUUUGCCAGGAAAAAGAAGCGUGAUAAACCAGGCUCUGUUGGUCUUGCCCACUCUGCUGAGCUGGCGUUUGCCGUGGAGCCCCACGAUGACGUGGCUGUGCCUGGACAGCCUGUGGUGCUGUGCUGCAGGGUAGAGGGGACACCCCCUCUGCACAUCACCUGGAGGAAGAAUGGGGUGGAGCUACUGGAGAGUUCCCAUGCCACCUUGCUGGCCAAUGGGUCACUGGUGAUCCGUCGCUUCCGGCCGCAGCAGGGAGGCAGCCCUUCUGAUGAGGGCGACUAUGAGUGUGUGGCCCAGAACCGCUUUGGGCUGGUGGUCAGCCGGAAGGCUCGCAUCCAGGCUGCAACCAUGUCAGACUUCCACGUGCACCCCCAGGCCACCGUGGGCGAGGAGGGUGGGGUGGCUCGCUUCCAGUGCCAGAUCCACGGGCUUCCGGAGCCCCUGAUCAUGUGGGAGAAGAACCGAGUCCCCAUUGACACGGACGAUGAGAGAUACACGUUGCUGCCCAAGGGGGUCCUGCAGAUCACAGGACUCCGGGCUGAGGACAGCGGCAUCUUCCACUGUGUGGCUUCCAACAUCGCCAGUGUCCGGGUCAGCCAUGGGGCCAGACUUACCGUGUCAGGCUCAGGCUCUGGAGCCUACCAGGAGCCGGCAAUCCUCGUGGGGCCUGAGAACCUCACCCUGACAGUGCACCAGACGGCUGUGCUGGAGUGCGUCGCCACGGGCAACCCGCGCCCCAUUGUGUCCUGGAGCCGCCUGGAUGGCCGCCCCAUUGGGGUGGAGGGCAUCCAGGUCCUGGGCACUGGGAACCUCAUCAUCUCAGACGUGACUGUCCAGCACUCUGGCGUCUAUGUCUGUGCCGCCAAUAGGCCGGGCACCCGUGUGAGGAGGACAGCACAGGGCCGACUAGUGGUGCAAGCCCCGGCAGAGUUUGUCCAGCACCCCCAGUCCAUCUCCAGGCCAGCCGGGACCACGGCUGUGUUCACCUGCCAGGCCCAGGGCGAGCCGCCCCCCCAUGUCACAUGGCUGAAGAAUGGACAGGUGCUGGGCCCAGGAGGCCACGUCAGGCUCAAAAACAACAACAGCACACUGACCAUUUCGGGGAUCGGCCCUGAGGACGAGGCCAUCUACCAGUGCGUGGCUGAGAACAGUGCGGGCUCGUCGCAGGCCAGCGCCAGGCUGACUGUGCUGUGGGCUGAGGGGCUGCCUGGGCCCCCCCGUGAUGUGCAUGCAGCUUCCGUGUCGCCCACUGAGGUUCGCGUGUCAUGGAGUGAGCCGCUAGCUAACACCAGGGAGAUCAUCGGCUAUGUCCUGCACAUCCGGAAGGCAGCCGACCCCCCAGAGCUGGAGUACCAGGAGGCCGUCAGCAAGAGCACCUUCCAGCACCUGGUGGGCGACCUGGAGCCCGCCACAGCCUACAGCUUCUACAUCAAGGCCUACACUCCACGGGGGGCCAGCUUGGCCUCCGUGCCAACCCUGGCUAGCACGCUGGGUGAAGCUCCUGCACCGCCCCCACUGUCAGUGCGGGUCCUGGGCAACUCCUGCCUGCAGCUACUGUGGGAGCCCUGGCCCCGGCGUGCCCCGCGGGAAGGAGGCUUCAAACUGUUCUACCGCCCGGCAAGCAGUGCCUCCUAUACCGGCCCCAUUCUGCUGCCACCGACAGCCUCCUCAUACAAUCUCAGCCGGCUGGAUCCCUCUGUGGUGUAUGAGUUGAAGCUGGUGGCCUACAACCAGCACGGGGAUGGCAACGCCACCGUUCGCUUCGUGUCCCUGCGGGCAGCAUCUGAGAGGACAGCCCUGAGCCCACCGUGCGACUGCCGGAAGGAGGACGCCACCCAGACAUCCACCACAGGCAUGGUUGUUGGCAUCCACAUCGGUGUCACCUGCAUCAUCUUCUGUGUCCUCUUCCUGCUGUUCGGCCAAAGGGGCAGGGUGCUCCUGUGUAAGGACGUGGAAAACCAGCUCUCCCCACCCCAGAGGGAUCCCGGCCUGCUGGCCCUGAACAGGGCAGGCGGGGGGAGCCGCAGCCAGUCGGGCCGAGAAGAGAAGCUUGUGGAUGGGAAGGAGCUGGAGCAGCUGUGCCCCCUGGCAGGGGAGGGCCAGCUGGACCCCAGGCCCCCACAGGACCCUGCAGCCCCCAGCCUCUGUGAGGAGACCCCACUCUCCACACUGCCCCGUCGGGGGCUCAGCCAUCCAAAGGGGAAGACGUCGGAGCCCAUCCUCUGCGCUGCCCGCUGGGAGGCGGCUGGCACUGUGCCCGGACGUGGCCUGAGCAGGCCUGGCCCCUGGAAUGUAACAUUGAACUUCAAGUGUCUGAGGCUGUGUCGAGUCCUGGGCCCAGCCUUCAUGGACUUGGAGCCGGGGGGCAGCAGCAGGUGGUUGGGUGCCACGCACAGGGUCUGCACAGAGCUCUACUUUCCAGAGCUGAGGGCACUGAGGCUGAUGGGCGACUUUCCAGUGCCCUUGGCCAGGCCUCUCCAUUACUCCAUUAUCCCUCGGACCAGGCUCCUGACACCUGUAUCUGGGGCUGCCAAGGCCUGUGGAAGCUUCAGCGACUCCAGCCCCUUGGCUGCCCAAGAGGCAGCAGCCAAGCUGACCCUGCACAGCAGAAGAGUCACCUGUGCCCGUCUAUGCCCUGGCUCCAGGGGAAUCCACCUCAGUGUGACCCCUAUCCCCCACCCCUUGUUUUCCCUGUCCCUGCACCACCCUGGGCUCCUUGUGGCCCUAGGGCUGCAGGAGACAGCAUGCCCAACCCUUGCCAGGCCUGAUUCCAGGGUCUCACUCCUGUUCCUGGUGGAGAUGGGCCAGGGGUCCAGUUCAGGGACCUGCGGGAGGGCCUGA